AAGGAAACAUGAAGACUCUGGUAACAGUUUUGCUUUUUGUCCUCUGGAGCUUCCAGUUAGGUCACUCAUUGGAAUGCUUUAGCUGUACAACUGGAUUCUGUCUAAUACCAUCGAAGACUGCCUGCGGACUUCUAGAGAGCUGUAUAUCCUAUACCUACACAGCUGCUGGAUUGUCCUUGAAGAAGAAAGGUUGUGGAAAUUCAACUGAGUGUGAUACGGACGACUUUGAGACGAAUGUUGGCGCAAUCAUGAAAACUAGACAUUAUUGCUGUGACACUGACCUCUGUAACUCUGCCAUCACCUCCCGGCUAUCUGCGGUCACUGGAAUAGCUGUUCUGGUUGCCCUGUGGUUGUUCAAACUAUCCUGAGUCUGAGAAGAUAUCCAGUAUGUAUAUAGAGGAAAGCAUAACUACAAUUGCGGUCCAUCAGAGCCCCCGUACUUCAAAGAUCUGCCUUCUGCAAAAUGACAACCAUUCAUCUGUCUCUGCACUGGCUGUGGCUUGGACACUUUUUUUUUUUUUUUCUUAAGCCUUUGCAUUGGACUGUGGUCAGUCUGUCAUACAUCAAAUCCAGAACCAGUUUACCAUGCUGUGUCCUCUCCUAGCUUCAUUUUUCUUUGCUUUUCAGAAUCUCUCUCCCAUGUAUGGUAUCACUUUCUUAAUCACGACAGAUCUCUGUACAAAUACUAGUCACUGAUUAGACCCAUGUUUCCGGUCUGUAAAUAACAUUACUUUCUCCCUGGCUCUUCUCACAUCUUUCUAAGAACUAAACAACCUG